ACAGUUAGGCCUUGAGAGCGCGGAGAGCUACACCUUUCACUCCUUGCGAGUUCUGAGACGGGGCGCCUCAGGAGAAGAUUUCAAACCUUGGGCUGGAGUAACUCAUCAGUUCAUCUGUGAAACUUGCGUGAAGAGCUAGAAGGACAUCAGCCACGCCAGUGAUGGCCCCGGAGAUCCCACUCGACAUACAACGUUUGCAGUUUCAGAGAACGACAUCACACUGGCCAGAAGAGCAAAAGAGCGCUGUCUGGCGGCUGAUUGCACUGCUGGUGGUGCUAGUCCUUGCCCUGGUAGCUAUUGUGGUGCUUUCAAUAGUCAUCGUGAGAAUCAGAGAAGACAACAAAACCACCGUCAAACCUGAACCUUCUUCAGGCUCAGAUGGCACAACAUCAGCAGCUUCAGGCUCAGGAGGCACAACAUCAGCAUCAGACGGUAAAAUUUGCGUGACAGAGGGUUGUGUUACGGCAGCCGCCCGCAUCAUGAGUAACCUCGACAAAUCAGUUCAUCCCUGUGACAACUUCUACAAUUUUGCUUGUGCGAAUUGGGAAUAUGACCGCGACAUUCCCAAAGACUCAGCAGCCUUGAGUGUUUUAUCAGAGCUGGGGAAAAAAGUGGAUCGUCAAGUAAAACUUAUCAUCGAAGCGCCGUCACCACCAGACGAGCUGCCAGUAGUGACGAAGGCCAAGAAUUUGUACAAAUCCUGUCUCGAUCUAGAAACAAUGGAUGCACGUGGAAUCGACCCAUACAAGCAAUGGCUCAGUUCUACUAUCGGAGAGUGGCCUUUGAUCUCCAGUGCUUUCAACGAGUCGGAAUUUGACAUCACUGACGCCAUCAGAAAAGCCAAUAUCUACGGUCCCGGCCCCGUUGUCGCUUUCUAUGUUGGUACUGACGACAAAAACUCUUCUAAAAAGAUACUUAAGAUAGACCAGCCUGCCUUUGGUCUUCCAGGCCAGAGAUACUACCGAGUACCCAGGAACGACACGUAUAUCAAGGCCUAUGAGACGUACCUCUACAGAGUGGCAGAGGCGCUCGGAUUUGCUGACCCCGCUACGGCAGAGAAGGAUGUCGCGGACGUUGUAGAUUUUGAAAUGCAGAUCGCCCAGAUUUCCGUGAGACCUGCGAUCAGACGUAACGCCAAUGCAGUAUUUAACCCAAUGACCCUGGCUGAGCUCGACCAAGACUUCAGUUCGCCAGAGCUCAACUUCUCGAGGUUAAUCACAACAGUGAUGUCAGCACCAGAAGUAGCAGUCAGUGUCGGAGACGAUGAAAUCAUUAUGAACAGAUCACCCCCUUACUUUCGGAACCUUACAGACCUUCUUAGAAACACACCAAAAAAAACAAUAGCUAACUACAUCAUAUGGCGGAUUACUAUCUCUUACCUCGGUACUCUGACACAGGUUUUUAAAGACAUCCGAUUUGAGUUCACAAAGGCCAUAUAUGGUAUAGAAACUGUUCAACCACGAGAGUUGUUCUGUACAAGCUUUGUGAGAAGAAAUGUUGGAUUCAUCAUCAGCAAACCGUUUGUGGACAAGUUCUUCUCCCCAGAAGCUAAAGAUGUGGCUCUAGAAAUGAUCUCCGGUCUUCAGUCAGCUUUUAAUGAGAUUGUAGAUGAAGUAGAAUGGAUGGACGAAGAAACAAAAGUAGUAGCUCGAGAAAAGAAUGAUGCAAUUGUCUCCAAGAUUGGAUACCCCGAAUUUGUGAUCAAUUCCACACGACUGACAGAAUUGUACGAAAAUUACACAUAUGGAAAUGAUACGUACUUCGAAAAUAUAUUGUCCAAGAACAAAGUGAAUGUAGACAGUUCUUUCCGUAGUCUGAGGGAGCUGGUGGACAAAGAGCAAUGGUUCAGAAGUCCGCCCACAGUUAAUGCCUACUAUAACAAAGCUGGCAACGAAAUAGUGUUUCCAGCGGGAAUCUUGCAGUCACCAGUUUUCCAUGUGGACUUCCCGAAAUACCUGAACUAUGGAUCUAUAGGAGUUAUCAUAGGUCACGAAAUCACUCACGGUUUUGAUGAUAAAGGCAGGCUGUAUGACAAGAACGGAAACCUGAAUCAAUGGUGGAGUAACUCUGCUAUCGAGAAGUUUAACACCCAGAAGCAAUGUAUCAUUGACCAGUACGGAGCUUAUGUCAUGGACCAAGUGGAGCUCAAUCUGAAUGGAAUACGUACGCAGGGAGAAAAUAUUGCUGACAAUGGCGUCUCAAAGAGUCUUUCAGGGCGUACAAAACUGGGUCAAAGCACAAGAAAAGAAGAGCCUACCUUGCCAGGACUUCAGUACACGAACGAUCAACUCUUUUUCAUCAGUUUUGGGCAGACCUGGUGUAACAUGUACAGAAACGACGCUCUUAUCAGUUCCAUUCGCAGUGGCGUGCACAGCCCGGGCCAGUACAGAGUAAUCGGAUCUCUUCAGAAUUCUGAGGAUUUUGCCAGAGUGUUCAACUGUCCUUCAACAUCGUACAUGAACGCGGCCAACAAAUGUCAAGUCUGGUGAACAGGCCAAUGAACUGGUCAUUAUUCCAGAUCCGUUGAUUAUCGAUGUGCUGUUCUUGUUUUUGUGGUUCGUGCUUAUUUUAUGAUGAAAGUGGAGAAAGAAAACGUUUCAAAAACAAUUCGACAUUCCUUGCAGUUGUAGAUAAAUACACACUUCAAA